AUGUGGUGUGAUGCGAGUGGCAGCUUUCUUCCGAAGUGUCGUUCUAAUCGGAACGGGGUCUGGGAUCGGUUCUCUGCUGGGCCAUAUUCCUUCCUGUCGACUGCGACUGAUCUGGUCUACCCCGAAUCUUAUCCAGACCUUUGGUCAGGAAUUGUCAACAGCGUCUAUGGUGCAGAUCCGAAAGGCUUGGUGCAUGAUACCAGGGCGUGGGGAUGCCCUGAUUUAGUUCGGAUUGGUUGUGAGGCGACGCAGAAGAUUGGUGCCAAGGCUGUUAUCAGCUUCUCAAACGAGGUCGUCAUGCGGCUGAUUGUUGGGGAGUUGGAGAGAAGAGGGAUUCCUACGCAUGGGGCUAUGUGGGAUAGUUGA